UUCCUUAAACUCGUUCGCGUUGCUGUUGGUCGUUGCCUUGCGUGAAACCACAAAAGAAAAAUAAUAAUAAUACAAUAAUCCUUAAACGACUAAAAGCAAAUAACACAUUCAGCUGAAUAACCGCAGACUUCAACAAAUGCCAAAUUUUAAAUAAUUUACAAAUAAUAAAAUAAAUACGAAAGAAAAAUCAAUCUACAACAACGUCCAAAUAGCAACAACUGCACCACCGUCAAACAUAACAAAUUCUAAUUUAUUUGUGGCCAACAACAAAAAGCUUUUAGCAGGCUUCGUUAGUUGCAAAAGUGUGCAUGCGAGCGUGAGUGUAUGUGCGUGUGUGUGUGUAUGUGUGGGAGUGUGUGUGAAUGUAAAAGUGUCAGUGGUACUGGGACUCAACACACCUGUUGAUGGCUCGUGUUGUCCGCACUUAAUGGGACAGCGUUAGCACAAAGGCGCACUUAAUGAACUUAACAGGAACAAUCAAUUUGCUCGCUGGAAGGAAACUUUAAAUAUGAAUACAGGAGAACAUAAGGAGCAUGCAUCAUCAACGCAGCAAAAACAACAAUCGCCGACAGCCAAUGACCAACACCAACACCAACAACAACAGCAACAGCAGCAACAACAACAGCAACAAAAUAAGAAAUACGAUGCCUUGGAUAGUUCUAGUACCAAUAAUAAAUUAAAUCAUAAAAACAAUAUCAAUAAUAAGGACAAAGAUAAGGAACGAGCUAGGGAUAGGGAUAGGGAUAAAGAGACGAGCAAGGAUUUGUCACCAAGUCCGACAAGCAUUGUCAUUGAUGAAUCAUCAUCAUCCACAUCAUGCCUGCCCCAAAACAACACACAGCUAGAGCCAAGCAGCUCCCACAGCGGCAACGGAGCGAGAGCAACAACUUCCUCAAGUCAGAGGCGUCGUCAGUUGCAAUUUCAACGGCAGAAGGAAGCGAAACUUUAUGACCACAGCGAUGAGCCGACAUCAUCGACCACCAGCGUGAUGGGCGGCGGCGAGCUAGUCAAUUGCAUAGCCUACGACGAUAAUACGCUGAUUAUUGAACGCAAGCCAUCGCCAACAUCGCCAUCGACAUCGCGACGCUACUUGAAAGCGGAGACGCCGACGCGGGGCAGUCGCAAAUAUAAUCGCAAGUCGGCACCACCCAAAAGUGACCUAGAGGUGGUUAUAUUGAAGCCGGAGCAUCAUCAUCAGCAUCGAUCGCCGACGAUAACGCUGCCGGUGCCAGCGACAUCGAUGAUAUCGGGAAGUGGCAGCUCGUCGGUAUCACCAACGGUUGCCACAGGGCCAACGGUGCUACAACAAAGGUAUAUGCAGCUCCAACAGGAGCACGAUAAGAAAUUCAUUUACAAUGCAAUGCAAGAGUUUGAUUAUUUGGAACAUACGAAUUCUAGAAAUUCUAGAAACUCUAGGGCAUAUUGCAGUCCGCUUGAAGGGAUUGCCGCAAGCAGUGAGGAUACCACAACAGGCGCCUCCAGCUGCAGCAGGAAGAAAGCGAACAAUACAGAACUUGCGUUGAGCACCGUCACCAGUCAAAUUGUUAAUAAUACGACAUACAAGCUCGACUUUAAGCAGCGUAGGCACAAAAACAACAACAACAAUAACAACAACGGCAGCCACACAGGCAACGGUGGCAGCAACAGCAACGGUGGCAACAGAGGCAGCAAACGUCAACGACGCAAAUCCAGUUGCCACUCUUGUGGAGGAUCUAUUGGUGGCGGCAACGUCAGUCAGCGUCUGACACCAGAGGAGGCAGCAUCACAAUCAGCAGCAGCAGCAGCAGCGACAGCAAAUGCCACAACAGCAGCAGCAACAGCGGCUGUGACGUGGCAGCAACAACCACAGAAUAGUGUGACUAGUGCUGGCAGCACCAACAGCAGUUAUAGCAGCGGGGCCAGAGACGAGGACAGCAGCUACAGUGCCAUUGGCGGCGACAGCAGCAGCAGCAACAGUUGCAACUGCGACAUCACCGGUGACAACAGUACGUUGCAUGGUUUUGGCGUUGGCGACAUCAGCAGCUUCAUAGGAGACGACGAUUGCGAGGCAGGCGACGACGACGACGAUCCCGAUAAUCCGGCCGAUCUCAGUUCGCAGACAUUGCGCACAGCGGCAAUUGUUGCAGCCGUUGCAGCAGCAGCCAAGGAACAGGCCGCAUCAUCGGCCGCUGGCAACACCGAUUGCGAGAGCUUCAGUGAGCGACGCCAGGAUGCGGAUGAUGAGAUUAGAAUCAUUGCUGGGACAGCACUUAGUGGCAACGAUUCGCUCGAAGAUGUCGGUGAUGUGGAUGACAAUGCGGAUGUCAUUGUAAGAAGAAAUACGCGCAACAAUCGUCCCUCCAUUCGAAGGACAUGUAGAAUAACCGAAGAAGACGACGACGACGAAGACGAGGAAUACGACGAAGAAGACGAGCCUGAGGGUACAACUAUUGAUAUUGAUGAGCAAGAGCAGCUGGCCCAACAGCACGAGCACUAUAGCGAACAGGACGAUCACGACGAAGACGACGAGGAAGAGCGUGAGGAGGACGACGACGAGGAAGCUGACGAGUAUUACGAAGAGGAGGAGGACGACACUCAAGCAUUUUCACCCUUCUACUCUAGCUCCGCGGAGCUAAUUGAUAAUUUUGGCGGCGGCGCCGGCAAGUUCUUCAACAUUAUGGACUUUGAAAGAGGCGCCGCUGGAGGCGGCACCUACACUCCCAAUGGCAACGGAGGUGCUGCCCUUGGCGGCGAUAUGUCCCACUCCCAUAAUCCGCAAACAGACCUCGGCGGAGGCACCAACAUUAUGGGCAUUGAUACCAUGGGCAUAGCAAACAUUCCGGAAACCAUGAACGGCACCACAAUUGGACCCAGCGGCGCCGGUGGACAAAAACCAGGAGCUGCCGGUUCAAAGCGACCUCAACGACGAGGCAAACCGCAGCCGGAUCGACCACAGCGAGCGUUGUUCUGUUUGGGGCUUAAGAACCCUCUACGAGCUCUUUGCAUUCGCAUUGUGGAAUGGAAACCAUUUGAGUUCCUUAUAUUGUUAACAAUCUUCGCCAAUUGUAUUGCCUUGGCCGUGUACACGCCUUAUCCAGGCGCCGAUUCGAAUGCCACGAAUCAAACCUUGGAAUCAAUUGAAAUUAUAUUCCUAGUUAUAUUCACAGCGGAAUGUGUUAUGAAAAUAAUAGCAUAUGGUUUUGUGUUACAUAAUGGUGCAUAUCUAAGAAAUGGAUGGAAUUUAUUAGAUUUUACAAUUGUAGUUAUAGGAGCGAUAAGUACCGGACUAUCCCAAUUCGUGAGUGAGGGCUUCGAUGUGAAGGCACUCCGUGCCUUUCGAGUACUGCGUCCACUGCGACUUGUAUCGGGUGUACCAAGUCUACAGGUUGUGCUUAAUUCAAUUUUAAAGGCCAUGGUGCCACUGUUUCACAUUGCACUUCUGGUCAUAUUCGUAAUCAUAAUCUAUGCCAUAAUUGGCCUAGAGUUAUUCUCUGGUAAAUUGCACAAGGCGUGUCGAGAUGAGGUAACAGGUGAAUACGAAGAUACUAAAAGACCCUGUGGAGUGGGCUAUGAGUGCCCAGCUGGUAUGAAGUGCUACGGCAAUUGGAUUGGACCCAACUUUGGCAUUACCAACUUUGACAAUUUUGGACUUGCCAUGUUGACGGUGUUUCAGUGCAUCACACUAGAGGGUUGGACAGAUGUCUUGUAUUAUAUACAAGAUGCCAUGGGCAGUACAUGGCAAUGGAUGUAUUUCAUUUCAAUGGUCAUCUUGGGCGCAUUUUUCGUCAUGAACCUGAUUCUUGGUGUGUUGUCUGGAGAGUUCUCCAAAGAGCGUAACAAGGCCAAAAAUCGUGGCGAUUUUCAAAAGCUGCGCGAGAAGCAACAGAUCGAGGAGGAUUUGCGUGGCUACCUCGAUUGGAUAACACAGGCCGAAGACAUUGAGCCCGAUGCUCCCGGUGGACUUAUGCCCGACGGCAAGGGCAAACAGCCAAAUGAAAUGGAUUCUACCGAAAAUAUGGGCGAAGAGAUGCCCGAUAUGCAAGUUACCGAAUCGCGUUGGCGCAAAAUGAAGAAGGACUUUGAUCGUGUCAAUCGUCGAAUGCGUCGAGCCUGUCGCAGAGCUGUCAAGUCGCAGGCAUUCUAUUGGCUCAUCAUUGUGCUGGUGUUUCUCAACACUGGCGUUCUGGCAACAGAACACUAUGGGCAAGUCGAUUGGCUAGAUGAUUUUCAGGAAUAUACAAAUAUGGUGUUCAUUGGACUCUUCACAUGCGAAAUGUUGCUGAAAAUGUACAGUUUAGGUUUCCAGGGAUACUUUGUGUCACUAUUCAAUCGCUUCGAUUGCUUUGUUGUCAUCGGCAGCAUUUCCGAGACUCUAUUGACCAGAACCGGAGUAAUGCCCCCAUUGGGUGUCUCCGUGUUACGUUGUGUGCGUCUUCUGCGAGUCUUCAAGGUGACCAAGUAUUGGCGCUCGCUGUCGAAUCUAGUUGCUUCCUUAUUGAAUUCAAUACAAUCAAUUGCUUCGCUUCUUUUACUGCUCUUCCUGUUUAUUGUGAUAUUUGCAUUGCUGGGUAUGCAAGUUUUUGGUGGUAAAUUUAAUUAUAAUGAUGAGGAGAAGGUUCGCAUGAACUUCGAUUGCUUCUGGCAGAGCAUGCUCACAGUAUUCCAAAUAAUGACGGGCGAGGAUUGGAAUGCAGUCAUGUAUGUUGGCAUCAAUGCCUAUGGCGGUGUCUCCUCCUACGGUGCCUUGGCCUGUGUAUAUUUCAUCAUAUUGUUCAUAUGCGGUAAUUAUAUUCUGCUGAAUGUGUUCUUGGCCAUUGCUGUCGACAAUUUGGCCGAUGCUGACUCACUCUCGGAGGUCGAGAAGGAUGAGGAACCGCAUGACGAGGGCGCCUUAAGAAAAUCACACAGUCCCACGCCAACCAUAGACGGUAUGGACGAUGAGCAUUUGAGCAUUGAUAUGGAUAUGGAACAUCAUGACAUGGACGAUGAUAAGGAUCAUGAAACCUUAUCCGAUGAAGAGGGUCGAGAAAUGUGCGAGGAGGAAGAAGAAGACUCCCAUUCUGAAGUAUCAGCACGUGUUACUGCACGACCCCGACGUUUAUCCGAAGUCAGCAUGAAGAAGACUAAAAAACCCAUACCACGCGGCAGUGCAUUUUUCAUUUUCAGUUACACAAACAGAUUUCGCGUGUUUUGCCAUUGGCUCUGUAAUCACAGUAACUUUGGAAACAUAAUCCUGUGCUGUAUUAUGUUUUCAUCCGCCAUGUUGGCCGCGGAGAAUCCACUAAAGGCUAACGACGAUUUGAAUAAAGUUCUCAAUAAAUUUGAUUACUUUUUCACGGCAGUUUUCACAAUAGAACUGAUUCUGAAAUUGAUUUCAUACGGUUUCGUAUUACACGACGGAGCCUUUUGCAGAUCCGCAUUUAAUCUAUUAGAUUUACUUGUGGUUUGCGUCUCAUUGAUAUCUCUAGUAUCCAGUUCGAAUGCGAUUUCAGUCGUGAAAAUUCUUCGUGUUCUUCGAGUUUUAAGGCCUCUAAGAGCCAUUAAUAGAGCCAAGGGUUUAAAGCAUGUUGUUCAAUGUGUCAUAGUCGCUGUAAAGACUAUCGGAAAUAUUGUGCUCGUCACAUGCCUCCUGCAAUUCAUGUUUGCAGUUAUAGGAGUCCAAUUGUUUAAGGGUAAAUUUUUCUCCUGCACCGAUGGCUCUAAAAUGUCUAAAGACGAAUGCUAUGGUACCUAUCUUGUCUAUGAGGAUGGUGAUAUAAACAAGCCGCGCCUGAAGGAACGCGAAUGGGAUAAUAACGGUUUCCAUUUCGAUGAUGUGGCCAAAGGCAUGUUAACCCUCUUCACCGUUUCCACCUUUGAGGGCUGGCCGAACCUGCUAUACGUCUCUAUUGAUUCGAAUAAGGAAAAUGGGGGUCCAAUACACAAUUUCCGUCCUAUAGUUGCUGCCUACUAUAUAAUCUAUAUUAUUAUUAUUGCCUUCUUUAUGGUCAACAUCUUUGUCGGUUUCGUUAUUGUCACUUUCCAAAACGAGGGUGAACAGGAGUACAAGAAUUGUGAUCUCGAUAAGAAUCAGCGCAACUGCAUUGAAUUCGCAUUAAAGGCGAAGCCAGUGCGACGUUAUAUACCGAAACAUGGUAUACAGUAUAAAGUCUGGUGGUUUGUCACAUCCUCAUCGUUUGAAUAUACCAUAUUCAUAUUGAUCAUGAUAAAUACGGUCACUCUGGCAAUGAAAUUCUACCAGCAACCGUUAUGGUAUACAGAGCUUCUAGAUGCACUCAAUAUGCUAUUCACAGCUGUAUUUGCACUCGAGUUUGUCUUCAAACUGGCAGCCUUUCGAUUCAAGAACUAUUUCGGCGAUGCGUGGAACGUUUUUGAUUUCAUUAUCGUUCUGGGCAGCUUUAUUGAUAUCGUUUAUUCGGAAAUUAAGAGCAAGGACACAUCUGGUCAGUCUGCUUGUGAUAUAGUCGAAGGCUGUAAGCAAAAAGUCAAAGCGGCCGGUUCAAACUUGAUUUCCAUCAACUUCUUUCGACUGUUUCGUGUCAUGCGUCUCGUCAAACUGCUCAAAGGGGAAGGUAUACGAACCCUUCUUUGGACUUUCAUUAAAUCGUUUCAGGCUUUGCCUUAUGUCGCAUUGCUCAUCGUCUUGCUCUUCUUCAUUUAUGCCGUGGUCGGCAUGCAAGUAUUUGGCAAGAUAGCGCUGGACAGCGAGACCGCUAUAACGCGGAACAACAACUUCCAGACGUUCCAGCAGGCCGUCCUGGUGCUCUUCCGUUCAGCCACUGGCGAGGCUUGGCAGGAAAUUAUGAUGUCGUGCUCAGCACAGCCUGAUGUGCGCUGUGACAUGGAAUCCGAUACGCCCGGCGAUCAAUGCGGCUCAUCGAUUGCCUAUCCCUACUUCAUAUCGUUUUAUGUGUUGUGCUCCUUCCUGAUUAUCAAUCUGUUUGUGGCCGUCAUUAUGGAUAACUUUGAUUACCUCACACGUGAUUGGUCCAUUCUGGGCCCACAUCAUUUGGAUGAGUUUAUCCGCCUUUGGAGCGAGUACGAUCCGGAUGCCAAGGGACGCAUCAAACACUUGGACGUCGUCACUCUGCUACGUAAGAUAUCACCGCCACUUGGCUUUGGCAAAUUAUGUCCACAUCGCAUGGCGUGCAAGCGUCUGGUCAGCAUGAAUAUGCCCCUCAACUCCGAUGGAACUGUGCUCUUUAAUGCCACACUCUUUGCCGUGGUUCGCACAUCGUUGAGCAUCAAGACCGAGGGCAACAUCGAUGAUGCCAAUGCCGAACUGCGUGCCACAAUUAAGCAAAUCUGGAAACGAACCAAUCCUAAGCUAUUGGAUCAAGUGGUUCCGCCACCUGGCAAUGAUGAUGAGGUUACAGUGGGCAAGUUCUAUGCCACUUAUCUAAUUCAGGACUAUUUCCGACGUUUCAAGAAGCGCAAGGAGCAGGAGGGCAAAGAGGGUCACCCCGAUAGCAAUACGGUCACCCUGCAAGCCGGUCUGCGCACACUACACGAGGUGUCGCCAGCUUUAAAGCGCGCCAUCUCCGGCAAUCUGGAUGAAUUGGCUGAGGAGCCCGAACCCAUGCAUCGCCGCCAUCACACACUUUUCGGCAGCGUGUGGUCCUCUAUUCGCCGACAUGGCAAUGGCACCUUCAGACGCAGCGCCAAGGCUUCCCAUAGCAAUGGAGCACUGACCAUUGGCGGCUCCUCGCUGGCAGCUGCUGGAGUUGGAGGUAGCAGCUUGGUGCUGGGCAGCGUAGAUCCCGCAGGCACUGAUUAUCUGUAUGACAGCCUCAAUCGCAGUGUGGCCGAUGGUGUCAAUCACAUAGCACGCAACCUAAUGCAAGCACGGAUGGCGGCCAGCGGCAAGCUGCAGGAUGAGCUGCAUGCUAGCAGCGGGGGCGAGCUGCGAACCUUUGGCGAGAGCAUCUCGAUGCGGCCCCUGGCGAAGAAUGGCAGCGGUGCAUCAACAGUUGCGGGCACCUUACCACCGGAAGCCAAUGCGAUAUCUUAUGACAACCGCAAUCGUGGUAUUUUAUUGCAUCCAUAUAACAAUGUCUACGCACCCAAUGGUGCUAUUCCUGGCCACGAGCGCAUGAUCCAAUCGACACCAGCUAGUCCUUACGAUCAGCGUCGUUUACCAACUUCAUUUGAAAUGAAUGGCCUAGCCGAAUCAUUGAUUGGAGGGGUACUCGCCGCUGAGGGCUUGGGAAAAUAUUGUGAUUCCGAAUUCGUGGGCACGGCUGCUCGAGAGAUGCAGGAGGCGUUAGACAUGACGCCUGAGGAGAUGAAUUUGGCUGCACAUCAGAUACUAUCGAACGAGCAUUCGAUGAGUCUGAUUGGCAGCAGCAAUGGCAGCAUCUUCGGUGGUCCUGGUGGUGCGAUUGGUGGUGGCAUGAGCGGUGGCAGCAGCAGCAUUGCUGGUGCAUUCGGUGGCAGCGCCAGUGGACCAUCAUCGUUCUCUCCGUUGCAUCAAGGUUCGGGCACUCUACAAUCACCACCGAUACCAGAUAAUCGUCUUAGACGAGUUGCCACUAUAACGACCACUAAUAAUAAUAAGUCUCAAUUUAGCCAAAUCAAUACUAAUAAUAAUUUAAAUAGUAGAACUAAUGCAGCAUCGCCUACAACUAGCCAAACAACAAAUUCACCCACUCUGCUGCAACAGCAACAACAACUACAACUACAACAACAACAACAAUCGCCUCAGCGUAACUUAGGCAGUGGUCAGGGUUAUCCGGCCGCCUCAUAGCAUACAUACUGUAGUCCAUACAUGCGAAAUGUCUUCUUGAUGGAAUUUUAAAUGUACGUUUAUGACAAUUUUUGUAUAAUUUUUAGCAAAGAAAAAAGAACAUUAGGAAUAUUUACUCAAGGUCAAAUAUUGCGUAACUUGAAAAAAAAAACAAAACAAAAACAAACAAAUUGUAAAACUUGUAAAAAGCAUUGUAUGUACUUAUAAAAUUAAUGGUUUGCCUUUUUGAUAACGUCUAUGAUGGUUUAUCGUCCUUUAUGAACCAAGAAAAAAAAAAACAUAAAAAUACACACAAGAAAACAAAAGCACACGCAAAUUAUUAUAUAUGAAGAAA